CGGUUGUAAGUUGGUGUCUAUAAAUAAUUAUUCGUCCAUAUUGAUUAUAAUUGUUACAAUUCUGGAAUAACGUUUUCUAAAGUAAUCGCCGUUACCUGUUUACUUAUCGCAUCUUAGUUGACCCAGUUAUAAUUGCGUUUAAAAAGUACAUGCUUCGACUAGAGAUUGACCCAUAGCUUGGGAUUUUGGUGGGGCGUCGCGUCGCCCGCCGUUUCGAUUCAAACCAGUCGUAAUUCUUUCGUCGAGUGUUCACGUCGCUUUCCAAAUAAUAAUAACGAAUCAUUGUUAAUUAACAUUACGCGGUAAUAAAUGUGAGAGUGAUGAUUAAGUGAAAUCAUUUCCUAAGAUUACUUUGGACAUAAUCUGUACGACGACCUGUUAUAAAAAGGAUUACAAAAGAUUUAUAAUUCCUUUAAAAGUGUACUGGCAUGGGCAUAGGCGCGAUGGACAGUUGCGGUCGUUGUAUGAAAGUGUCGCUCAUCGCGAUCAACAUUAUCAUAUUUAUAAGUGGUGGUGUGGCGCUGGGCGUGGGCACAUGGGUUUGGGUGUCGCGGUCGUUCUCAAGUACGUUGAUGAGCAACAAUAUGUUCAUAGCGUCGGUGGGCGUGGUGCUAGUCUCCGGCGCCGCUAUGAUGCUGCUCUCUGUGCUCGGGUGCUGCGGAGCUGCUAAGGAGGUCAAAUGCAUGCUGCUCACGUAUUACAUAUUGAUGUUCAUUAUAUUCGUGGUGGCACUAGUGGGCGGUAUCUUGCAGUUUGUGUUUCGUGAAAAGGUGCACAGUACAUUGGACCGGGAGAUGUUCGCCGCCAUCCCGUACUAUGGCGUGAAACACGAGUACACGCGAGCGUGGGACGACACGCACACCUUCCUUCAGUGCUGCGGCGUGCGCAGUCAUAACGACUGGAACGACAAUGUGCCUGACAGCUGCUGCAAGGAAGUCUAUCCUGGGAAGAGAUUGGAUUGCAAGAGCUCCCCUAACCCCACCACCAUGUACACAGACGGAUGUCUGGAGAAGACUGUCAGCUUUUUGCGGGAAAACGCCGUCAGUGUCGGAGUUACCGCGAUUGUAACAACUAUUAUUAUGUUGCUGGCAUUAAUAUUUUCAUGCGCGUUAUUCGUGAAGAUAGAGUGACGUUAGUGUGACAGAGAAAGACGAUGAUUUCAAUAUUAUUUUCUCGUUUCAAUUGACAAAAGUGAUUGAUAUUUGUGAAUCAGCUUCGGCUGCGUAUGCGGUGUCAUAUUAUAUUAUUAUACAUUUUCUAAUUUAUUCAACAAUUAGAGAUACGUAUGAAAAUAAACGGUAUUAAGAAUUCGA